AGCUGGGACAGCAAAAUGUUUGGUUAUCUUACUCUUGUCGCUCUACUCUGCCUUUCUGCGGGCACAUGUCUGGAGGCGGGCGAAGCGACGCGGCUGAGGUUUCCAGGACCCGCGAAGGGAAAAUCAUUGCCAUUGAUCCUGCAGAGACAGGAUGAUGCGGCGCCAUAUCCACCGGCGGGUUUCCUGCCCGAUCCACCAUUCGAGUUGCCCACGGAGGAGGCGGCCGUGUUUCCUGAACCUGAUGACACCUAUGGCCCACCGACUGAAGUUUAUGGAACACCAGAUGAGGUCUACGGACCACCUGCUGAGGUCUAUGGACCGCCAGCUGAUGUUUACGGACCCCCAGACCAGACUUACGGCCCACCAGAUCAGGCAGCCAAUGACGACAGUGCCAACAGCUUGCCCCAGAGUGCAGCCAUCAUAAAUCUGGCCAGACCGCCCCAGAGUGCAGCCAUCAUAAAUCUGGCCAGCCUGCCGUUGCCGCCUCAGGCACAGUUCGUUCUGCCUUUGCUGAACCGUUUGUCCGCCUUCCGUCCACUGCGCCCCGCCCUGCUGACGCCACAGCGGAAGCCAGCCAAAAUUGUCAAUGGCAUCCAGGGACACGCAGUUUUUCCAUCGACGCAGCUGGCACUGCCCUUUGUGGACCGCCGCAUUCCCUUCCGGCCACGACCAGCGCGCUUGAUUGUGAACGCUCCACUCCGGAGGCCAGCCAGGCAUUAGCACAGAUCAUUCACUAUUCUGACCGUGAGCAGAGUGCCCCAAUGAUAAAUUUGAUACAAGUUCUGUAAAUAAAG